AAUAAUGCAAGUAGGAAACUCAACUGAACUUCCGCAACUCCCAACCAGGAAUUGGUGUGAAAGCUAUGAUGAGACUCUCGCUAAUGAAGGGAGAAUAAGAUGUAUGACCUGGUCAACCCUAAAUCUUAUUGCUGUGGCCUCCUCAAACGGGGCCCAGACACCGCGAGGGGUGACUGGAAAGCGGAAGCGAGAUCGCAACAGAGAAUCAUUGAUGCGUCCGCAUAUUUCUAUAUUCCAGUCGACUGAGGGUGGUAAUCAAUUGGUAGAAAUCUGCAAUUUACAUCGAGUCCCGGAGCUCCACGGAGGGAAUGCUAUUACUUGUGUACAAUGGGACCAGCAUGGAAAGUAUCUGAGCUCGGUGGAUCAAACUGGCCGCAUAAUUAUAUGGCAGCUGAAGGGAUGUAUUAAUCAGUGGGACGCUGUACAUACGGUCGAUUUGGAUGAGCCGGUUGUUGCAUUUCAAUGGCUACAAGAGGAUCGAUUGUGGGGUGUAGAUUUGAGUUCUGGAAAAUUCGCACCGACACAGAUGUCGGAUGCACAGGCUGGUGCUGGUUUAUCUUACUUCCGCACGCCGUUUAUGGGACCAAAGCCUCCCCUAAGCGACCCGGGCUUUAUUGUGUUAUCACGCUCUGGCAAGAUACACGUCUUUCAGUUGGUAUCGAGUGGACAGGUGGAGACCUUCUCGGUGCAAAUACCCGGAUUAGAAGUUUUGGACACACAUAUGGCUGUCGAUGGAGCGCCCGUUCACCAUGGAAAAGCGGGAAAUGGAGUCACUCAUGCGGAUAUACACCUGCGCAAGGCAAAUAGCUUCACGGCCGCAAUCUACUGCCCGGACGCACUCGAUUCAAGUGUAUGCCUCUAUGACUUCCAAGUGAAUUUUUCGUCACUUCUCAUCCAUUGCACUGGCAGGCGAAUCUUGCGACGAGAUCAAGGCGAACAUACCGCAGCAAUGAUAUCUGACGGGGCACUGAGCCACCUGCGAAUACUGGGGCAAUCAAGGGUCAUCUUUGUUGUCAGCAACAGAAUGCCAGACGCCGGGGAGCUUUUGGAUCGCAAGGGAGCUCCAAGUGAUGACGACUCUAGAGGGAGUUCGGUAUAUAUUUGCGAGUGGACGUCUAUGUCGGAUGACAAUCCAAGUAAUGACUCCAAUCAGGGUUGGGCCAUCUCUGCAAACUAUCAUGUCACCGGAGAUUUUGUCUCUGCUUUAGAAGUUAUGGAACGAUCGGAGAGUGGAAGAAGCGAUGGCUCUCGGGUUAUUCUGUUAGGGUACUCUAGUGGCAAGUGCGAGAUGCGAGAUGGUGACACUUUGUUGAAGACCGAUCUCGGCCGGUUCACAUUUUCGCCGUACAAAGACUCAGCAACAGAGAAUCUUUCGGAACCAGCUAUUCAACAAGCAGCAGGACGUGAGACAGCAAUUGCGACAGGACUGGAUGAGGAUCCAGGAAUUAAUACGAACAGCCCCGCAUCGUGUCUGACCGAAGGAGACGGGAUAUCUGAAGUUCAUAGGGCUAGCACGGAGCCAGCUCACGGAGAUUACCAGAAAAUGUCUUCAAUCUGCGGAAAUUACAGCUCCUCUGGCGGUUCUACCAAGCGAAAUGGGUGGAAUUUGCCCAUCAUAAAUUUUGCUGUAUCUCCGAACAGCGUCGAGAUUCUUGUUGCUAAAGAUGAUACCGAAAGAGGGGUCAUCAUCGAUCUCAUGAAACAUGAUAUUGAAAAUAUUGAAGCAUUAGAAAGCCAUACGAUAGUAGAAGCCUUAUCUACUAAACUCGCUAUUGCGUUGGCAAACAGAGUUGAAUACAUAGACCUGCUGUUUGCUACCAGAGCAUAUGUAGAUGAAACGGGACUCAAAGAUCUUACCAUUCAGAUUAUGCGACGGGUUUAUGCCAAGCACGCCGAAAUCAUGUCAUUGUCCGGUUGGACCCCUGCCACUACUUUUCCCUACAAUGCCGCCCUGUCGGUUGAAAAUGGUCCUGUGGGCUUACAGCUUGCCAUGUAUCGGAUGAUACCUAGUCAUGAGCAGCUAUAUGCCAACACUCAAGUUUGGAUCCAGCUACAAAGUGUAUUGGCCCAGUGCUAUUCGGCUUUUGAGCAACCGGAAGCUGCGUGGGAGGUCAUAGCAAACUUACUCCAGAAGUCGGACGUUCAAGACUUGGAACGAGCUGGCAAACUUCAAGCUGCCAUGAUCGUCCGAAAAGAAUGCCUCCAACCUCUUGUGGCUUUUGCCCUGUGGUUGUCGGAUUUCUGUACAACCCUUUUGCGUCAGGUGUACUGUUUGUUGAACAUGGAACAGAAAUCUUUGGAGACAGCGGGUGAAGGGCGCCCACUUCACCGCUACCCAAGUGUGCUACCCUUCCUCUUCCACACUGGCAUACGGCGAACUAUUUUGUCGAUACUUUUCAUAAUGAUCUAUCUGGAGUACAAUAUUCAUCUCCGCAGAUCAAUGUGGAAGAACAACGCAGAGCUACAGGGUUUCUUGAUCGAAUUGGCUCUCCUAUUUAGGCGCAGUCGGGUAAAAUUUGUGCCCUUCGCUGGCUUCCUAGCGGACAUAGGCAAGGAAGUUAGUGAAAAGCUGCAAGAGCAGAGUAUUGAUGAAACCCAGCGACUGAUAAUGGAGCAAAACAUGCUCGUUCAAGGGACAGUAGAUGAGGCAUAUACUAGUAGUCUUUCGGCGGUGAGAACGGCAUUCGAGACAAGAAUAUGCGACAUCUUCCCUCCAGACACCCCUCUAGUUGAUCCCGUCCUGAGCUCAAGCCCUGAUGAUCUUCUUGCUAUGCGACUUGGGCCAUCUAUUACAACCCUAUUCAAAGCGCCAAAGUCUCAGGUGUGGCCUCUGGACACGAUAACGGAUGACAUCUGGGGCACUCCCUUCGCAGAGAAAUAUACCAGCGACAGAAAUAACUUUAUCCUUGAAGAGAUUUCCGGGCGACUUGAUGUCAUGCCUCCUGCCAAGCGCAAAAAAGUGGAUGCAAUCCGCUCCCAUAUCGAUGUCGUAACUAAGGCCCGGCUAUCUCGGGCGGAUACUGUAAGGCAGUGCAUACGCUGCCUGCAAUUCUCUCGAGGAAAUGCAUCUGGUCCUGACUCUGAAUCAGAACAUUUUCGAGGAGCGGAUACGCUGAUGUCUGAAAUUGGCCUUCUGGCUAAAGGCCCAGUAGUAUGGCGAGGCGCAUUUCGGAAUUGUUGCAUAUGCGGAGGUAGUUGGCGGGAGGUGCUGGACAUCUCAUAAGAUUAAUUGUAAAUGUGCAGGCUUUGUAAUAUAUCAAGUGGGCAGCAAUCAUUGUAGAGUACAAAACAUGAACCC